GAAGGAAAUUCCCAACUGGCUCACCGGCGGCCAGACGAGGUAAGGCAUCGUUUGGUUUAUUGCCUCGCAGCAGGACGAAUUUAUCCCUCGGUUCCAGUGGUGGUGGCGACUGGCGAGUGGCUCGCCGGCGGUCAGAUGAGCGCCGAUGACGCCCGUCGCCUGUUCCAAGGAACGCGCGGCCCCGACCUCAGCGCCCUCCCGGACGAAAUGCUCCAGCACAUCCUCUCCUUCCUCCCAGCGCAGGAAGCCGUGCAGACGUGCGUGCUCGCCCGGCGCUGGCGCCACCUCUGGAGGUCCACCACGGGCCUGCGCCUCGUCGGUCGCGACGGCCCAGGGCCUGCCCGAGACCUCCGGAAGUUCGUGGGCAAUCUUCUCAGGCGGCACGAUAAGCGCACCGACCUGCACACCGUCGAGAUCAAGAUCAAAUUCGACGCAUACUCGGAUGGUGAUAACCUGCCCUACGUGGUCCUUUGGAUCCGUUCUGCUGUGAGGCGCAGAGUUCGUUCGCUCACCCUUCACCACUUUGGUCCAUUCCUCGACCUGGACACCAGUCAGCAACUAGGUCCAUCCCUCUACCUCGACGGCGCGCAUCUCGACUCUCCGCAUCUCACAACACUAGACCUUGCAAGUGUAGAAGUAGAAUACACCCUUCUGGAUUUUGCUAGCUGCCCAGCGUUGGAGUAUCUGAAGCUGCACGAGUGCUACAUCUCCCUUUCUAAGAUAUAUUCUACCUCGCUGAAGCAUCUGAGCAUCACUGGUUGCUUUUACGACCCUCCUUGCCGGCUCCAUGUUUCUGCUCCAGGCCUUGUUUCCCUGAGACUAGAUAAUUUCUGGGGUGUCACGCCAUUUUUCGAAAACAUGGGGCAGCUAGAGACGGCAUCGGUGAAUCUUGGACGUCACUGCCAGGAUACUUGCUGCAGUUAUCUUCAGUACGGUAUUUACUGUGGAGCCGAUAAUGCAUGUCUUUCUUGCGAGGAUUACACAGACGAGCUUGCGAUCUUGGGUGGUGUCUCAAGUGCUAGACAUCUGGAGCUGAUAUCUGAAUUCCAAAAUAUCACUUUAUCGAGAGAUUUGGAGCACCGCUCUAUUUUUAGCAACUUAAAGACUUUAUUAGUCAACGAGUACUGGUGUAUGCCUCCUGCCAGCUGCGAUCGACUAGCUUGCAUUCUGAAAACCUCACCAGUUUUACAGAAGCUCACUCUUCAACUUUUCUCCAAGGGACCAAAUCAUGAAGUGGAAAUGAAAGGAAGCUACAGGGCAAUGGAGGGGCCGUCUGCAGCAAUAUCUGAGCACCUUAAAAUAGUUGAAGUCAAGUGUAAUGCGGUCGACGAUAGAAUUCUCGAAGUUUUGAAGUUUCUGCGUGCAUUUAAUAUCCGAUUCGAUGUCGAGUAAUGGUGAGAAGAUCUGGCCUGUCGGUGGAUGUGCUAGCUCUUAACUAUUCACUCUGGGCUCUGUGGUGACGCUGUACAGCCCGCGGUAUAUGUAACUUAUGAAUCCUAGAGCGACUCUAGACCACCUAGUUGGUAGUAUCAUGUCCUGUUAUGGUUCAGGCUCAACUGAUCCGCUCUUUAAUUGAUUAGUGCUCUCAGCGUUUCUGUUAUCUCUGUGGUGUGUAAACUUAUUCAGUUAUGACGUGAUCAAUAAUUGUAUCUCCUGUGCCAAGAUCUGUUUAGUGCUCUCAGUUUAUGUUGCUUGCAUAAACCGUGCUUGUCGAUUUGAUGCCGGUCUAUCUGUAACAUGUUCUGAAUACCUGCCAAGGAACCAAAAUGUGCAGAAGGUUAUGGUCUAUCUGUAACAUGUUCUGAAUA